AUGAUGGCGGAUUAUGAUAAAGCUAUGAACUGCUAUGAAUCAGCACUACGACAUAACUCUUAUUCUGUACCUGCCUUGACACAAAUCGCCUCCUUAUGCAGAGGAAGAGAACAAUUCGGAAGGGCCAUUGAGUAUUUCAAGAGGAUUCUGGGGAUUCAAGAGAAUAAUGGAGACAUAUGGGCUGCGUUAGGUCAUUGUUAUCUCAUGAUGGAUAACCUCCAAGAUGCCUAUGGAGCUUAUCAACAAGCCUUAUACCACCUCCCAAACCCAAAGGAUCCCAAGCUCUGGUAUGGUAUUGGCAUCUUAUACGACCGUUAUGGAUCUUUGGAGCAUGCUGAAGAAGCCUUUUCUGCGGUCAUGAAGAUGGAUCCCCACUUUGAAAAAUCAGACGAGAUCUAUUUUAGAUUAGGCAUUAUUUACAAACAACAGCGAAAAUACGAUUUGUCUCUCCAAUGCUUUCGUUACAUAUUACAUCACCCACCCCGUCCACUCACUGAAUCCGAUAUCUGGUUUCAAACCGGACACGUCUACGAGCAAAAAAAGGAAUACAAUGCCGCCAAAGAGUCUUAUGAACAUGUCCUUCGUGAAAACACAGAACAUGCUAAAGUAUUGCAACAAUUGGGCUGGCUUUAUCAUCAACAGGGCACGAAUUUCAGAAAUGGAACAUUGGCCAUGCAGUUUCUCAACAGAUCACUAAAGGCAGAUAGUAACGAUGCUCAGACUUGGUAUCUGUUGGGCAGGUGCUCUAUGGCAGAAGAAAAUUACAACAAAGCCUACGAGUCAUAUCAACAAGCUGUCUAUCGAGAUUCUCGCAAUCCCACCUUUUGGUGCUCUAUCGGUGUACUUUACUAUCAGAUCAAUCAAUACCGUGAUGCUCUAGACGCCUACAGUAAAGCCAUUCGAUUAAAUCCUUACAUUAGUGAAGUCUGGUAUAAUCUAGGAACUCUCUAUGAAACCUGCAAUAAUCAGGUUCAAGAUGCACUUGAUGCUUACCAACGCGCUUCCGAUUUGGAUCCAGCAAACUCGCACAUCAAGCAAAGAUUGGAACUAUUAAAAAAACCUAAUGCCGGUGGUGCCACAAAUACUGCGCCAGUACCCCAAGAUGUCGUAAAUCCGAGUCAGUAUAACAAUAGUAAUACAAGUGUGAGUGGUGGUGCUUUGCCAUUUGAUCAGUAUCAAAAUCGUACCCGACCUUCAGAGCAUCGUGAUAUCACAGAACCAGGACGAGAUUUGCCAAUGUUAGCUAGUCUUCAUCAGCGAGAAACUGUCCAUCAUCAUAUUCCUGACAUUGAAGCCAAUACACGAUUAUCGACCUCCUCAUCCUCUCCCCCUCCUGCUAGACAAAGUUCACAUAUGAGUCCCAUGCAGCUCAGUACGGGGGAAUCAAAAGGAGAGGAACCCAGAUCCCCUCAACCUUCCUCCAUUGUACUUGAGAAACGAGUGAAUGGCGAGGAUGAUGAUGACAUGCCGGAUGUAGAGAGUGCAUCUAUGCCACCAUUAUCGGGCUCACCGGGUGAGGAAGAUCAGGAGAUGGAACAUGAAAAUGACGAUUGA